GCGUGGGUGAUACUGUCCGGUGGGGUCUGUGUGUGUGUGUGUGUGUGUGUGGUGUGUGAGGGGUGGUGAUGUUACAGCGCUUGUCUGCAGUGGUCGCUUACCACGGCGCUUUUUUCUCUCUACACCAUCAAUAGACGAAAAAUACACCAACGACGAGCGACGGCAAAUAGAAACAGCGCAUCCAGUUCAGAUCUCUUCUUCCCGACACUUCCAACCAUGCAUGGUACGAGAUAGCAGCACUGAAAACCGCCCAAGAUGGUCUACUGCGGCAAACCAUCGCCAAACUGUGGCAAUUGCAGAGCCCGGAAGAGACGGUGCGACAAAGCAGUGCCGUCGUGCGGACAAUGCGUUCGCAUGGGCCAAGUCUGCCCCGGAUAUCGAAACCCGACCGAUCUUCUCUUCCGAAACGAGACAACGCGAAUUGUCCAGCGCGUGCGCACAUCCGAUCCUACAACUCCACCGACCUCUACAUCAACUGCAAGAGAUGACAGCCCGACGCCGUCACCGCCCACACAUCAGGUUGAGUGGACUCGCAACUCACACUCACCACCAACCAGCACUCCCUUUCAGAUGCCCACCAACCACAUCAACACAUACUCACCCGCCGCGCCGCCCGCUGGUCUUGCCCAUCUUGGCCUAAACUACUUUGCCGCCAACUUUGCGUACAUUGGACCUCAAUCUGGCGCUUCGCUGGUGUAUCUGCGCUACGCCGUAGACGAACUGCACAGCCGGAGUAGAGGGGUCACUGUUAUGGCCCCGGCCAUAAACGCUGUUGGGCUUGCAGCGCUGGCCAAUAUCACGGGGAACAGGAUGAUUAUGCGGUCAGCGCGGUCGUACUACGUUACGGCGCUGCAGACAACGAAUGAAGCACUCCGCGAUCCUAAACGGUUCAAAGACGAUGCUACAAUUGUGUCCAUUUUGCUGUUAGGCUUCUUUGAGAGCAUGACAUGUAUAGGCAGUGACUCGUUUCAAGCGUGGGCGCGCCAUAUCGACGGUGCCACCAGCCUGCUGCUACAGCGUGGAAUAUCACAGUUCGAAACUCAGGUUGGACAGCACAUUUUCCAGGAGGUGUGCUCCUAUCUACUCACCAGCUGCUCUCGUCUGCGGCAGCACUUCCCCGAAAGCAUUCUCAACCUGCGGAAGCAAGCAUCAGAGCACUUCAGUGCGGAUGAGCCGUCAUGGAUGCUAAGCACGCUCUACAUUGAGAUUAUUGGCCUGUUUAACAAGGUUGAUGUGUCACGCACCGACUCAUUCUUAGACGACACUUGGGAAGCCUACCUAAAGCGAGCCAUGGAGUUGGACGAUGCUCUGGUUGCGCUAUUUCAUAGCCUUUCCGAGACAUGGAACUAUACGGUGCAUGUUGAUGCCAGUGCUGACCCCGACGUCGCAUAUAAGGGCCGUUGGCACGACUUUUCCGACAUGUGGGUUGGCCGCUACCUCAACAGCAUGCGCUCGUGCCGCAUGUUCAUCGGCCUGACAAUACACUCAUUGAUUCACCGUGAAUGGGCUAUAAGAGAGCCCGAAAAGGAGAUCAACGGCAUGCUGUACGGUGCACUCAGUGCAUCUACGACACAAAACAUGACCAUGAUGCGUGACGACAUGCUGGCGUCGACAGCGCUCAUGAUGGGCUACGUUCGCAAUGGACAGCUCUAUAGCACAUCCUCACUGGAGAUCCCUAGCGGCAGGGCUCGCGGCGCAGGCACCGACAAGCUCUCCAUGGCCAUGGGCUGCUAUUUUAUCUUCUGGCACCUGUAUGUCGCCGGCAGUCUGUCCAUCAACCCGCCAGAAGUGAGAAGAUGGGCCGCUGCGCGUCUGCGAGUGAUUCGCCGCAUAGCAGGAAUCCAAAAGACGACGAUACUGGCACAGGCUAUCGAUGCUGGCAUCACCAUCGGCUUCCAUCUCACCGACGAGCGGCUGGACGACGUGUGCUCUCCGGAAGCUAGCCAUUGAGUGAUGGUUGAGCUGCUGAGAUUGUAUUUUAAAGCAUCAAGAUGUUCCUUUUAUACCCCCCCCUUUAUGAGAACGGCGUUGGAUUGGUCGUUUGGCAGCCAUUUUGUUGUACAAGUAGAUAGAGCAACAUAUAUACAACAGACGGACAGACAGAUAGGUAUACAUGUAUAUGUAUACUGUAAACGUACAUAUAGAGCCACAAACAUAUAUUAUUCUAUUUCAAUACAACUUGCUACUUUGUUGAAGAGAA